CCAGGUGACGAGCUGGCCGAAUUCCCUCUGCGCCUCCUCCAAUCAUAGUCAGGCAAUAUUCUGCGGAGUUCUUUUCGACGCUGACUAGGUUUAGGCAGUUUUUCUUUUAAGUGACGGAAAAAAAAAAAAAAAAAAGAAAAGAAGUCCUUUUUUUUGGGUCACGUGACUCUUUGUUGCCGUCGUCCAAGGCGGCUCCAACAACAAGAUGGCGGCGCGCUGGAGCAGCGAGAAUGUGGUUUUGGAGUUCAGGGACGCGCAGGCGACCACCAUGUCCGUGGACUGCCUGGGCUCGCACGCCGUGCUUUCUGGGCGGCGUUUCCUGUACGUGGUCAACCUGGAGGCGCCGUCCGAGCAGGCGAGGAAGAUGUCUCGCCAGAGCAAGUGGGACGUGGGCACGGUCCAGUGGAACCCUCACCGCUCUCAGGCACACGUCUUUGCCGCCUCGAGCAACCAGCGCGUGGACUUGUACUCGUGGAAGGACGGCAGAGGAAGCAUCCACACGUCACUGCAAGGGCACACGCGAGUCAUCAGCGAUCUGGACUGGUCGUGCUUCGAGGCCGAGUUCCUCGUCAGCAGCUCGGUGGACACGUACAUGUACAUCUGGGACAUCAGGGACACGCGCAAACCCGCUGUGGAUCUGGCUGCCGUCGCCGGCGCGUCACAGGUGAAAUGGAACCGCAGGAACCCCAACGUGCUGGCAUCCAGUCACGACGGAGACGUGCGCAUCUGGGACAGGCGGAAACCCAACACGGCGUGCGAAUACGUGGCGGCGCACCUGUCCAAGAUUCACGGACUGGACUGGCACCCGGAGCACGAGUUCAUCCUGGCCACCAGCAGCCAGGACAACUCCGUCAGGUUUUGGGACUACCGGCAGCCCAGGAAGUACCUGAACAUCUUGUCGUGUCAGGUUCCUGUGUGGAAGGCCAGAUACACGCCCUUCUCCAACGGGCUGGUGACGGUGAUGGUUCCUCAGCUGCGCCGUGAGAACAGUCUCCUCCUGUGGUCCACGCUGGACCUCAACAGUCCGGUCCACGCCUUCGUGGGGCACGAUGACGUCGUCCUCGAGUUUCAGUGGAGGCCGCAGAAGGAAGGUUGUAAAGACUUCCAGCUGGUCACAUGGUCGAGAGAUCAGACACUGAGAAUCUGGAGGGUGGACCCGCAGCUCCAGAAGCUGUGCGCCAGCGACUCGGUGGAUGACCCGAUGGACGGCGCGUCUCUCAACACGGAGACUGACAAGUCGCUGGCAUCGGACGAUUCUGAAGGACAACGCUCCAGAAUUCCUGUCGGGCAACAUCCGCACGAUCAAGACAGCGUCUCGAGUCCAGGCGGUAGUCGGGACUCUGCCGUGGCAGCGGCGGCUUCUUCGGGUCUGGCUCAGACGCUCCAGCAAGAAUUCUCUCUGGUCAACCUGCAGAUCAGGAAUGUCAAUGUGGAGAUGGACGCAGUGAACUGCAGCUGCGUGGUGUCAGCUCACUUCGGGAUUCAUCAGGUCCGACUGCUCAUGAAGUUCCCGGGCCAAUAUCCCAACAACAGCGCCCCCACCUUCCAGUUCAUCUCGCCGACUAGCAUCUCUGCCGCAAUGAAGACAAAGAUUCAAAAAAUCCUGACAGAUGUGUCCCUGCAGAAGGUUAAGAGGAACCAGAACUGUCUCGAACCUUGCGUCCGGAAGCUAGUGUCCUGUCUUGAGUCCGACAUGGAGGACAGUCCAUCCUCAGCACCGUUCGUGUUGUCCAAUCCCGUUGCGCCGACCCUGCAAGCCUUCCCGCGAGUCACCAACACCUACGGAUCCUAUCAGGACGCCAACAUUCCUUUCCCGCGCACGUCGGGGGCUCGCUUCUGCGGCACCGGCUGUCUGGUGUACUUCACCCGACCGAUCACCAUGCACCGCGCGGCCCCGCCCACCGAGCCCACGCCCAGGUCGUUGUCGGCUCUGUCGGCCUAUCACAGCGGCGUGUUGACACCCAUGAAGAUUCGCUCUGACUCUCAGAACGCACUCCGACUUUACAGCAGCAGCCCGACUCGACUCGACAAAGACACUGUGUCCAUUUCGUCGUUCUACUACAAAGAACGGAAAUCCCGGCGCUUCAAGACCAAAAGGGACGGGACGGACUACGGCGGCCGCUCCAUCAAGUUGGCGGGAAAGGUCAUCAUUCAGGAAAUCUCCUGCCUACUUCCCGUCCAUAAAGUCCUGGGAGAGAAUUACAUCCUCAACAUGCGUGACACCAAAGACACGUGUCAGAAGAACGCCGCCGCCGCCCUGGCCGUCGGACGCAGAGACGUGGCCAAGGUCUGGGCCCUGGCCUCGGCGGCGACCGGUCGAGGCUUGAGUCCCGACUCGGACCCGGACACGGACGCUCCCUGGGCGAGUCAUCCGUUUGGACGCCGCCUGCUGGAGACGCUCGUGGACCACUACAGUCACAUGAGCGACGUGCAGACGCUCGCGAUGCUCUGCAGCGUCUUCGCCGACUCGGACCCCGAGGCGACGCCGCGAUCCCGCCAGGCCGGGCCCCCGCCGCACCCUCGCUAUGUUAUGACUUCAGACUUGCACGUAUGGGCACGUGACUUACUCCCAGCUCUCACCGCCCUCGGCGAGUCGACGGUGACGUUCGGGGGUCGACUCGAGCCGGAACGCGCCAACGCCCGCGGCGACUCCCCUGAAGGCGGUCGCCACGGCAACCAGGGACACACAGACGCACGGGAAGGAGAGCGCGAGCGACACGACGUGAACAAAAGUCUUUUGGACCCGAGCAACACGCCGCAGUUUGACGACUUCAAGAAAUGCUACGCUGAAAUUUUGUACCGCUGGGACCUCCGAGACAAACGGGCCGACGUGCUCAAGUUCGCUUCCUGCCCGCCCGAGCCGCACCAACAAGUCGAAUUGUGCGUGUUGUGCUGCCACUGCGGCAGUCCAAGUCGCAGCGCGCAGUGCGCGGCGUGCAAGCGUGUGAGCUUCCAGUGCGCCGUGUGUCACGUGGCUGUGCGAGGCUCCUCCCACUUCUGCCUCAGCUGCGGCCACGGCGGUCACACGGCUCACAUGAUGGACUGGUUCCGGAAGCGGGACCAGUGCCCGGCCGGCUGCGGGUGCCGCUGUCUGCAGCAGAGCAACUUCUGAGCGAUGCCAACCGUCUGGCACGUGACGCCUGACCGCGUGACUGCUCACGUGUGGGUCACAUGAUCUGACAUGCUGUCAGUGGAUGAAGAAUAGUCUGCCAAAUAAUAAAGACUUUUAUUGCA